AUGGACAUCCCAAGUUCAGAGUUUUUAGAACUUCUUGAUAAAAGCGCCUUACUUCCCCUUUGCAACGAGCAAACCAUUGAUAAAAUCCUAUUGUUUUGGGAACUAACUCCAUCUACGAGUGAGCAAAAACUGUUUUUAUAUAUAUUACUAGUAAUUAUUAGAAUAAAUCUAGCUAAUUCUAUAAAGUUUUAAAAAACUUGUAUUUUAAAAAUAAAUAUCAAAAACAACAAUUUAAAUAAAAGAGCAAAACAUUAUCUUUGGGAGGAGCUAGUAAUACCUCCUGAAUAUGUUUCCAAAAUCCUUGAAUCCAAAGGCUUCUACUCUCCUGAUCCCACCUGCAGCAAGCUCGUAGCAGCUGCAGUCCAACAAUUCCUCACAGAAACUCUCAACGAAGUCCUGGACAUCAUUCCCGGCAAGCCAGUUACCUCUCUCAGCUCUAAAAACAAAGACCAAAGACUCUGCCUUACAAUGCCUGACCUCGCCGGUGCUCUCGAAACAAUGGGUGUCAAAGUCGAAAAGCCCCUGUACUAUGCUGACAAACCUUUAGGUAACCAAUAA